CCGUCAGCCAAUGAGAAGGGGCCCAAUUUACUGUACGUAUGACGUAGCCCACGACUGCUGUCUUGUUAGUGCUAACUGGUUUGCUAACAAGAAAGAAGAUGGAUUCUCCCAUACUGGAACCAUCCCUGUACACCGUCAAAGCAGUUCUGAUACUGGACAACGAUGGAGACAGGCUUUACGCCAAGUAUUAUGAUGAUACAUACCCGACCGUGAAGGAGCAGAAGGCGUUUGAGAAGAACAUAUUCAACAAAACACACAGGACAGACAGUGAGAUAGCAUUACUUGAGGGCCUCACCGUUGUCUACAAGAGCAACAUAGACCUCUUCUUCUAUGUGAUUGGAAGUUCCCAUGAAAAUGAGCUUAUGCUUAUGGCUGUUCUCAAUUGCCUUUUUGAUUCGCUCAGUCAGAUGUUGAGAAAAAAUGUUGAGAGGAGGGCUCUGUUGGAAAAUAUGGAGGGGCUCUUCCUGGCUGUGGAUGAAAUUGUAGAUGGAGGGGUGAUCCUGGAGAGUGACCCGCAGCAAGUUGUGCACCGUGUGGCUCUCAGAGGGGAUGAUGUGCCUUUGACAGAGCAAACGGUCACACAGGUUCUUCAGUCUGCGAAAGAACAGAUCAAGUGGUCUCUCCUACGAUAGAGUCACUCCUGACCAGUCUACCAGUGAGCCGCUGUUCAGCCCAGUCUUCAUGGCACUGAUCCACAUACUCCUAUCCCUCCGAUUUCCACUCCUUCAAUCAAAGCUGUGAGGAUCACCGGUGGCUGAUCCAGUCACACUCCCAGGACUACUGCUUGACAAAGUUACUUUUUUUUUCUCUCUUUUUGCACAGGCUUGCAUUGUAAGUCUUGAUCAACAUGAGGAUAAAAUGUGGUGUACAUUCCAGUACCAGGGCCGGCCUGUUUUUGUUUCUUUGAUUUGUCAUUACAGGACCUGGGUGUUUUAGUAAACUGACCUAUCUGUCUAUGAAACAUCGUUAAACCUCAUUAUGGCCUGUGGCAACAUUCCAUGUGUCUCCUUGAACAAGAGUUUAAUCCUGUAUGACAGCGCCUUGUUGUUAACUCCAGAUUACUGUACAGAGUAUUGAGGCACUACCUCUACCAUUUAAACUUCAAAAACAUUGCAAUUAAAACUUCAAACCAGUACUGUUGUCAAACCUGUGAUCGCAGAGGUAUGUUUUCGAACAGAGAUCUUCCAUCAUCUGAUACUUUUAAUAAAUGUUUGUUGACACUG